AUGAAACGCAGUAGGCGACGAGGCAAUCCAUCAUCGUCCGAGGAUAUUGAGGACGUAGUUCCUGAUCUACACUGGCAACCUUCUGACUGGUUUACUGUCUUCGAAAAUAUUUUACUCAUGCGUGAAAAGGCCAACGCUCCUGUCGAUUCAAUGGGUUGUCACGCAUUGGCUGACAAAAAUGCUGAUCCUAAGACAUCUCGGUUGCAAAUCCUCCUCGGUUUGAUGCUAUCUUCGCAAACGAAAGAUGAAGUGACAGCCGCCGCGAUGGCUCGGCUAUGUGAUCGCGGUGUUGCAAAUCUCACCGCUUUGCAAAAUAUCUCCGAGGCCGACUUGGCUGGCAUCCUUCAACCUGUGUCUUUCUACAAGACGAAGGCAAAGCACAUUAAACGGGUUGCACAAAUUUUAACUAAUGAUUACAAUGGCGACAUCCCUAACACAAUAGAAGGGCUUCUUGCGUUGCCAGGCGUCGGACCCAAAAUGGCUCAUCUGGCCAUGAAGUGUGCGUGGCAUCAGAUAACGGGCAUUGGAGUAGAUACCCACGUCCAUCGCAUCGUCAACCGAUUGAAAUGGGUCCCUGAACCCACUAAGAGUCCUGAAGAGACUCGUGUUGCCUUGGAGAGUUGGCUUCCAAUGGAUUUGUGGGGCGAGGUGAAUCAACUUCUGGUCGGUUUUGGUCAACAAAUUUGUCUGCCCGCUCGGCCGAAGUGCUCCUGCUGCUUGAACGCGCCCAUUUGUCCGGCCGCGGCAAAAUUCACCUCCACCGGUAGGAAGAGGCGCACGAAACAGACUGACCCCUCUUUUGAGGGGACAGACGUUCAGGAGGCGGUAGUGGUGGUGGAGCAAGUGGAAAGUGAAACCGAGGUCCAGAUUAUGGAUGAGUGCCUUAAACGCAAGGCACCGCGAAAGUAG